GCCAGAGGCCUGGGCGGGGCGGGGCGGGGCUGGGCGGGGAGGGGGCCAUCUGUCACUCGGGACCGAGGAGCACCGGACCGGGGCGGGACCUCGGAACCUGUUGUCCCCUGCUGUAUGCUCGCGUGGUUGUGCCCCUGCUAUAUACCUGGCAUGGAUGUGCCCCUGCUGUCUACCCGGUGGAGGUGGACAGACGAAACAGGGGCACGGAGGUGGCCUCUGAAGCUCAGUCGCUGGAGGCGGUUCCCAGCUCACCCCUGAACACCCGACCCAUCGUGUCUCCCCCGGCAUGAGGAACACGAGCAAAGAGCUGCACAGCACCUCCAGCCGCUACGCUCCCUGCGACUGGUAUUACCACCUUCCUGUGAAGCGGUCCGAGAAGGCCUUGGAUGUCCCACUGGCAUCCCAGAUCCCAGGUCUCAGUGACCUGAGGGACACAGACAAUGGGCACACGCUUGGGAUGCGAAGGUACUGGAUCAAAGAAACAGACUCGGAAUACGUGAAGCUCGCAAAGCAAGGUGGCCGGCCUGAUCUGUUGAAGCACUUUGCUCCUGGGACCAGGAAAGGCUCCCCAGUCACCUACUCCUUGCCAGAUUGGUACAUCCACCACAGCAAGCCGCCCACAGCUGACCAGAGACAAACCCCUGCUGUGUCCAUGCCAGAUUACAUGGUUUACGAGGAGUUUAACCCUGAGCAGGCCAACGGUAACUAUGAGUCCCGAAGAGGGCCAUUUGACUUCGACAUGAAGACGGUUUGGCAAAGGGAGGCCGAGGAACUUGAAAAGGAGAAAAAAAAGGUGAGGCUACCGGCCAUUAACUCAAAGUAUCCAAGCAAAACGGGGACCCCGCUUGGCCCCAAAGACCCUGCAGGAAGUAGACUCUCCUUCCCGCCCAUGCCUGGUCAUAAAACCUGUUCACCCACAAACUUUUCCAAACUUAUUAGCAAUGGUUAUAAGGAUGAGUGGUUACAGCAACGAGCUGGUUCAGACAAGAGGACCCCACAGACAUCCAGAGCCUCCGAAUCAUCUCAGUCCACGCAAGACCCCGAAGGGCACCAGGAUGCAGAACAGCUCCCAGAGCCAGAGGUUCCCGAAGCCUCUGACCAAGCUCAAGAGCCUUCUCCUCCAAGUCCAACAGCAUCUCCAUCUGCACCAACACCAGCAGAGCUCAAAUAAAACCCGAUAAAAUAUACAUUUUGGGUCAUUUUCUAAUGACUAAAUAUGAUCAGAUUAUGUUACAGCUAUAUUUAUAAGUUUCCUGUUAUAUUUUAUCAAUAUAGAUUCUUAUGAAAUAAUUUAUCUUAAAGCAGAUUUGACAUCUUGUAUAGACGGUGCAAGUGUUGGGUUUUACUUCUUGCAUUCCUCUGGGAUGUUAAGCACGUGGCCUUGGGGAGACUGUGCCUUGCUGGACUGGUAUGUCCCAGGGCCUUAGAACCACUUACUUCCUCCCCAUCAUCAGCUGACAUCACCUCCUACUGUGUGUGCCUCUGUUGGUGGCAUUCCUAUUAAAAUCGAUUGUUUAGACUCUUAACUAGAAGAGGCUCACAGCCUUUUCUAUUAUUUGGUCCUAUAAUCUUUGUAGAAAGAAUUUUUCUGGUACAAAAACAUAUUUAAUUCUAGAAUACCGUGGUAUACUUUAUAUUAAGAAAAAGAUUAUUAUACCUUGAAGUUUUAAACAUUUAAUAUAAAAACAUUUUAGCAUUUGUUAGUUUUAAAUUUUUGCUAAUAUUUUCUGCAUAAACUGAAAUCCAUAAAUUAAACAUUUAUUAUUUUAUCUUUUAAGUAAAAAUGUGUUUAAUUUUAAUAUUUAACUUAGUAGUCUUAACAAAAAUGUUUGAACAAUCAGACUGAAUUCUCGUUUUAUAUAUUUUGUUACUGUUUAUACACAAAUAAUUAGCAUUACAAUGUAGUUUUACAUUUUGUACAUUUAAUUCAUUAAUAAAAUAAAAAUUUUCUGCUGGAAGAUUUUUGGAGAGCCAAAAGAAGUUCACAGAUAUAUUAGCGUAUUUCUCAGGAUAAACUUAUCAUGCACUUGCUCACCUAAAAUUUUACAAGUUUUAAAUUAGCUCUUUAAAUGAGACACUUAAUUGAGCACAUGUAUCUAUAUUGUUCAAUCAAACUGAUAUUACUACGGGAGAAUGUAUGCAGUGUGAAAAAAAUGUG